AUGUUGAUUGUGGUUGAAUGCUUUGACGCCAUGUCCAGGAAUCUUCCAGAUUCGUUGCUCGGAAGCAUGACUGUCGCACUGGGUAAUCACGAUGUCAUCGACGAAUUCUCCGUUGCCAUGAGAGAUCUCGACCAGCACGACCAGCGACACCUCGCGGAGAUCGUUGCACCGAAUGUUCUGCGCCGACAGCUGACAAACGAACAUGGUGCUCGGGCCCCUGUGACUGACAGGCAAGAGUACCUCAUGUUCACGGUGAGUUUUCUUCAGUUGGCUGCACGAGCACGAACGAUGUCACCGCCGGAGGACACGAACUUCAACGAUGUGGGCAGCAAGGUCCGGGCGCUCCGAGCUGCAGCAGAUGCGCUGGAAUACGCAGCGGCCACCAGCACGCACGUCGGCGGCGAUCUUGCUGCUGCUGUCACAGCGUCGCUCGACGAACCUGAGCCCGACCCGGCGCCGCUGACCGAAGCCCCCGCAGCCAGCGUAUCUCGUAUGGAGAAGCGCAAGAGAAAUCCCCAUUGA